AUGACUCGUCGAAAGACGCAGCCGAAGAAUGUCGCUACAAGGAACAAGAAGAAACCCCCAUCGGGUUUGAUGGACCUGCCCAUGGAGAUCAUCACCAUGAUUGUCCAUCAGAUUGAGUCCACCAAGGACCUGAGCAGCUUCUCGAUGGUAAACCGAGCCUUCCUCAAGACUUAUGAGCUUGAACUUUUUACCGCCACUUUCGAAUCGAUGGUUGGUGCUAGGGAAUACAUCAACGUUGUACUCGAUUUAUUCUUUCACGCAGUGCGCCACGACUCGGUUCGGAUCAUUGGUAUUCUUGUUCACCAUCUCACAAACAUAGAGAUCAAGGGAUAUAUGCCCGCUGAGCCUUUUGAGACCAAGAGGAUCACAUACUUCCACCAUGCGCUUAUUGCAGAUGCCCCUCGGGUUUCGGCUUAUCUUUCUGCGGACGGCGACGACAUGUUUGACGAAAGCUUUGAGUUCUACCCAAGUAUGGCGGCCAUUUAUCAUGGUCUGUUCCCACAGACUGUGGCCACCCAGUGGGAUCUCAACAAGGCUCUUCGCGUCGCUUGUAAUUACGGCCUUUCCCGGACAGCAUACGUCCUCCUAAACCGCGGGGCCGAUCCCAUGGAUAUGAGUCCGUUUGGCAUGAUGCCCAUCCAUUUGGCCUUGGCUAACAGCCAGCCCUGGUGGGACUCGGCAAAAUAUGAAUACACUAGAAUUGGCUUCGAAGUCGAACGCAUAAUCCACCAUCUCGGUUGGGAGGAACUGGCGCGAUGGAACAUUUCCGCGCUACUCAAGUUUGGCUGUCCCGUAGACCUCAGAUCUGCACAGCAUCGCCGGCAUAAGUGCGACCACAAGUGCUUGGGAUCUCUCGACUGCAAUCAUCACGAGCAGACACCCCUGCACAUGGCAGCCAAGAUCAACUUCCGAAUCGUCGCCGAGUUCCUUCUUGACGAAGGCGCCGACCCUUACACGCCGAACGGAGAGGGCUACACCCCUCUGUACUGCGCUAUCGUGCACGAAAGCUCAAAGGUCGCCGGUGUCCUUUUCAAGCGGUGCCAGCCCAAUGUAAACCCAGUUGUGCACAUCCCUACAGGAACGACGGCGUUGCACAUUGCCUGCAGGUUCGCAUUACCUCCAAUGGUCGACUGGCUGCUGGAGGCGGGCGCGGACCCGGAUGUUGUCAACAGCCGUGGUAUGACUCCUAUGCACGAAGUGCUCUGUCAGACCCAGCCUGAUCGUAGCCAGCAGGUGUACCUGGUCCUGAAAAGUCUUGCUCGUUUCAACGCAGACCCUGCUACCCCUAGUUCCGCUCCCAAAACGCCGUGGGACAUGGCCAAGAACCAUCCAUUCCCCGACGUGCAGGAGAUGUUUGCCGACCGCACGCUGAUGACGUUCUGGGAGCUGGACCAGCUGAGUGGCGGAAACACCAUUCCCCCUCGCAAGGGACGGCGCCAGAGAAAGCGCGGGAACCAGGGCAUCAAGCGCACCGACAAGCAGGCACCCUGGCAGACCGUUGCCACUUCAUCUCCGACAGAGCCAGAGGUCCAGCUCCAGUUGACUGAGCCUGGUUACUGGCGCCGUCGAUACGAUUCGAGCGAUGACAGGGACCCGUGGGCUAAAGAAGACAGAUGGUGCGGUACAGAGAACCGGAAUGAUGAACUUAAACCGUGGGAGCCAGCCACAGUAGUCCCAGACAACUUCUUGGAUUUUGGAGAGGAUCUCAUCCUGUUUGACGCAAUCCCUCCAAUCAAACCCUCCCCGGCGGCCUCACCGCAAACUCAAAUAGCGAGUGCGGGAUGGAGGCCAAAGCUACUGACUUUGAACAACCGACCGGCAAAGCCGAAGUCGAAUGCGUCCCUAUUCCCUGAGAUGGAGAGACGAGAUGCCGCCCAAAAGCUCGCAAAUGAAGAUGUUUCGGCGAGCUCGCAAGGAAUCAAAAUGAGACAGAAAAAGACGAGGUGGAAUCCUAUUAGGUUCUGA